AUGAGAGUCGGCAUUUUAAAAUUUGUUUUGUUUUCAAUCAUUAUUUGUUCUUUUGAAUAUGGCAAAAAUAGAUUAUAUUUUGUAAAUGAGAGAACCAUAUACCUUGAAAGGAAUGUAACCAAUUUUAGAAAUAAUAGGAUAUUAGCAGAUAAAGACAAGGAAUUCGAUUUAAAUAAUUUUUAUGAAUCAACUUUGAGUCUUGUAAAUCAAUUUAAUGACUAUAAUGAUGAUAAAAUAACAAAUCUUCGAAAUGCUAUAGAUUCACGUAUAAAGGAACAUAAAGAAAACAAUACAUUACCCAACUUAAAUAAUUUAGAUGAGAAAACAAAAAACCAAAUUUAUGAACUUCAAAAAGAAUUAGAAGAAGUAAAAAAAAAGCUUGAUAAUAUAAGGAAUGGCGAAUUGGCAAUACAGCCAAUGCAUGAUAAAAGAAUAACAGAGAAAGAUGAAAAUAUUUUGGGGGCUAAAAAUGAAUAUAAUGAAAUUACAUCAAGUAAUAAUUAUAUGGUAUUCCAAAUUAAUCGAAAGUUAAAAAAGUCAGAAAAAAAAAUAAUUGUGGCGUCUUUGGCAUUUAUAGUAUCCUUUUUUACGUUACUAGCAUUAGGAGGGGAAUUAUUACUAUUACUACUUAUACCGGCUGUGGGGUUUGUAUUAAAGAGCUUGUGGGAUUACGUUAAUUUGGAAUUAAAAACAUAA